AAGUAGAAACCCCGCGCGUUUCCUUCCCGCCAAAUAUUCUUCACUUAACCCAACACUAAAAAGCACACACUCCACACUCUCAAGAACACGCACAGAAAGUAGAAGAAGGCGCAGCCGAACCCUGUCCGUUUAAAGUAUUUCAAAACGACAGCAUUUCGGAAAUCGCCGUUUUGUAUCGGCAAUAAUGGAUGAAGAAGAACAAAGCAAGCUUCCUGAGUUCAAACUCGAUGCUAAACAGGCUCAAGGGUUUCUCUCAUUUUUCAAAACAUUACCCAGUGAUGCUAGAGCUGUUCGAUUUUUUGAUCGUCGGGACUAUUAUACAGCUCAUGGAGAAAAUGCGACUUUUAUUGCAAAGACAUAUUACCACACAACCACCGCUUUGCGACAAUUGGGUAGUGGUUCUGGUGCUAUUUCUAGUGUCAGUGUGAGUAAAAAUAUGUUCGAGACGAUUGCUCGUGACCUACUUUUGGAGAGAACCGAUCACACUAUUGAAUUGUACGAGGGCAGUGGCUCAAAUUGGAGAUUGGUGAAAAGUGGAACCCCUGGAAAUAUUGGCAGUUUCGAAGAUAUUCUAUUUGCCAACAAUGAAAUGCAGAAUUCUCCGGUCAUUGCUGCUCUUGUUCCAAAUUUCCGCGAAAAUGUAUGCACUAUUGGCCUAGCCUAUCUUGAUCUUACUAAGAGAAUGCUUGGACUGGCUGAAUUUCUAGAUGAUAGCCAUUUUACGAAUGUGGAGUCAGUUUUAGUAGCUCUUGGUUGCAAGGAAUGUAUUUUGCCUAUAGAGAGUGCCAGGUCCAGUGAGUGUAAAUCUUUGCUAGAUGCAUUAUCAAGAUGUGGCGUAAUGAUAACUGAAAGAAAGAAAACCGAGUUUAAAGGAAGGGAUUUAGUUGAGGAUCUCAGUAGGCUUGUCAAAGGAUCUUUGGAACCAAUUCGGGAUUUGGUGUCUGGAUUUGAAGUUGCACCUGGUGCUUUGGCAUCUAUAUUAUCUUAUGCAGAAUUACUCGCAGAUGAGAGCAAUUAUGGAAAUUAUUCAAUCCGGCAAUACAACCUUGACAAUUACAUGAGAUUAGAUUCUGCUGCUAUGAGGGCUCUAAAUGUCAUGGAGAGCAAGUCUGAUGCAAACAAAAAUUUUAGCUUGUUUGGUCUCUUGAAUAGAACCUGCACUGCUGGAAUGGGAAAGCGAUUGUUGCACAUGUGGCUUAAACAGCCUUUAUUAGAUGUAAAUGAGAUAAACUCGAGACUGGAUCUGGUGCAAGCUUUUGUAGAGGAUACUGGACUUCGACAAGACCUGAGGCAGCAUUUGAAGAGGAUCUCAGAUAUUGAGCGAUUAGUACGCAAUCUCGAAAAGAAGAGAGCUGGUUUGCUGCAUGUUGUAAAACUUUAUCAGUCAAGCAUCAGGCUACCAUAUAUUAAGAGUGCUUUGGAGCGUUAUGACGGACAAUUUGCUUCAUUCAUAAAAGAAAGGUUUCUGGAUAAACUAGAGGACUGGACUGAUGACCGUCACUUGAAUAAGUUCAUUGGUCUUGUGGAAACAUCUGUUGACCUGGAUCAACUUGAGAAUGGAGAAUACAUGAUUUCCCCUGAUUAUGAUUCAACUUUGUCUGCCAUGAAGCAUGAGCAAGAGUCACUAGAAAAGCAGAUUGAUAAUUUGCAUAGGCAGAUCGCUAAUGAUCUUGAUCUAGCUGUAAAUAAAACUCUUAAACUAGACAAGGGCACGCAAUUUGGACAUGUCUUUAGGAUUACAAAGAAGGAAGAGCCUAAAGUAAGGAAGAAGCUCAAUACCCAUUUUGUUGUUCUUGAAACUCGGAAGGACGGGAUAAAAUUUACAAAUUCAGAGCUCAGGAAAUUAGGGGACCGGUACCAAAAGAUAGUGGAUGAGUAUAAGAACUAUCAGAAGGAACUCGUCGCAAGAGUUGUUCAAACUGCAGCAACUUUCUCAGAGGUAUUUGAGGGUGUGGCUGGCUUGCUUUCCGAGUUAGAUGUGUUACUUAGUUUUGCAGAUUUGGCAGCAAGUUGCCCCACUCCCUACACAAGACCAGAGAUCACACCACCGGAUGUUGGAGAUGUUAUAUUGCAAGGGAGUAGACAUCCUUGUGUAGAGGCUCAAGACUGGGUGAAUUUUAUUCCCAAUGACUGUGAACUAGUUAGGGGGAAAAGCUGGUUCCAAAUUAUUACAGGACCUAAUAUGGGUGGAAAAUCCACAUUCAUAAGACAGGUUGGGGUGAAUAUCCUCAUGGCACAAAUCGGUUCUUUUGUUCCUUGUGACAAAGCUAACAUUUCUGUGCGUGAUUGUAUAUUUGCUCGUGUAGGUGCCGGUGACUGCCAGCUACGUGGAGUUUCCACUUUUAUGCAAGAAAUGCUCGAGACUGCAUCAAUUUUGAAAGGAGCUACCAAUAAGUCUCUAAUAAUUAUUGACGAAUUGGGCCGUGGAACGUCAACUUAUGAUGGAUUUGGCUUAGCUUGGGCCAUCUGUGAGCACAUAUUCGAAGUGAUCAAAGCACCUACGUUAUUUGCUACUCAUUUUCAUGAGCUGACUGCCUUAGCAAAUGAAACUUCUGAUGAUGAGCGUUCUUCAGACAACAUUGCUGGUGUAGCAAAUUAUCAUGUCAGUGCACACAUUGAUUCAGCAAGUCACAAGUUAACCAUGCUUUACAAGGUUGAACCUGGGCCCUGUGAUCAGAGUUUCGGUAUUCAUGUGGCAGAAUUCGCAAACUUCCCAGAAAGUGUUGUUGCAGUUGCCAGGGAAAAGGCUGCUGAGUUGGAGGACUUCUCCCCAAUGGCAUUUAUGCCAAAAGAUGCCAAAGAGGGAGCCACUAAACGAAAGAGGGAGUUGGAUCUUGAUGACAUGUCCAGAGGUGCUGCUCAAGCUCGCCAGUUCUUACAAAAUUUCUCUGAGUUGCCACUGGAGACGAUGGACUUCGAACAGGCUCUACAACAUGUGAGCCAAUUAAGAAAUGACUUGGAGAAGGAUGCUGUAAACAGUCGCUGGCUCCAGCAAUUCUUUUAGUUCUCAAAUCAAAGCACUUCUUGUGCAGUUAUGGCGAGACUUGGUAAAUGUACUGAUUUUCAGCUUCCCUCUACGUCAGCUGUACAGAGUAAUUGCAAGAAGGUCUAAUUUUGUGAAUGCUGCUGGUUAAUUUAUGUGAAUUUUGCUGAGCUUUCAUUGGUAUGAAUGCAUGAUGGUGCUCUUGGAGGCUGGUGUCGGAUAAGCUCAAAAUUUCUU